CGAGCGCCCGUACUUUCUCCCGGGGAAUGUGCGGCUGCAGCGGUUGUGCGUGGAACCGUGUCCCACGAAGGCCGAUUCGGCUUUCUAGUCGCGUUUCCGCUCGUUUCCGUUGCCGCACGAGAGAGAGACUGGCGAGGAUCGGCGUGGCGUCCAGCGAAUUCGCCGUGUGAUACACGCAGUUUACCCUCCGUUAUCCGUCAAUCCGCGUCCCCGUUAUCGCGCGUGUGGUGACCGCGUACGGAUUGCUCAAUCGCGAAUUUAGUCAACCACACUGACUCGUCUGAUUAUCAGCGAUGAAUCGCCACGAUUGCACGUAGUUUCCCGAUCGUCUGUCCGUUCCAUCGGCUUCUCGCUAUUGGCGAUCUCGUGGGUAUCCCGAUAAGAGUCAACGACACGCUUUGGAGCGCUCAUGGGAGGAAGAUGAUCAAGCGAUGGCAGGUGUCGUGAGAAAGAAGGGAACGAAUGCUCUCGUGACGCUUCUAGGAUGCUUGUUUCUUUCUUGCGCUUAUGCAGAGGAGGAUAAUGGAGAAAAAUACAAAGGAAAAUAUCUGGGAAAAUUAAAUCCGUAUCAUCAUCAAGUUUCCGGCGACGUCUGGGCUGUGGACCAGUACACUUUGCUGCUGACAUCCUUUAAUUACGAUGGCAAUGGAGCUGACACAUUUUUCUGGGCAGGCGCAUCAAAUAGACCAGGCCCGCAAGGAUUUAUUGUCCCCGAUGAAUGGAGCAAAACAAACAUAUUGGACCGUUACUUUAACAAGGAUUUUACUUUAACCCUGCCGGAUAAUAAGAAAAUAACGGAUAUCAAGUGGUUCGCAGUGUACGAUUUAGCGAGUCAGAACACCUUCGGCGAUGUCUACAUUCCGGAGGAGUUUGACCCACCCGCGCCUCAAAAAAUAUCACAGCUAUCGAAAAGAUCUCACAAUGUCUCGUCAGAGCCCAUCGUGAUCCUGGAUUCGAAAACAAUCAGUAUUCCGCAAUUCAACUACGACGGGAAAGGUGCGGACACGUACUUUUGGAUCGGUCUUGGCCCGCAACCAUCCAGCAAGGGCCAGAAAGUGCCCGAUGAAUACGGAUACAUGGAUUCUCUCAGAUCGUAUAAUAACGAGGAUAUCAUACUGGAGCUGCCAGGCGACAAGACCAUCUUCAACAUAGACUGGCUAAGUGUUUUCGACGUAAAGUCCAAGUCCAAUUACGGUUCUGUCAUUAUACCCGACGGGCUCAACGUACCGCCGUCGUUGAUAAAAGUUCUCAAGCAAACCAAGUCACUCCCGAAUUGCGUUCAGCUGCACAAGCGAUAUCAGGUCGCAUGGGAGAUUUUCGGUCCGCAGAUCACCAUUCAGUUGGCAGGUCAAGUCGCCGAGGACGAAUACAUGGCGUUCGGUUUGUCCGGUUCCGAGACCUCCAGCCGAAUGGAAGGUGCGGAUGUGGCUGUUGCGUACAUGGACGACACACGAGGAUAUGCCACGGACUACAACAUUACGGCAAAGGCGCCAUGUGGGAAAGUUCUCGGUCAGUACAAAGGGGUCUGUAGAGACGAGCUUCUCGGUGGUUUAGACAGCAACCAGCUCUUCACCGCGGUGAGAGAGGACGGCAUCAAUACCAUCACGUAUCGACGUACACUUAUUCCAUCUGAUGUCGGAGACAAAGAUUUUCCCACGGAUAAACCGGUGUACGUGGUUUGGGCCUUGGGUAGGCUUGAUAAAACUAACAACGAACCGAGUUUCCACGAUGUAUAUCCAAGGAGCGACGUGGUGCUCGAGUUGAGUCGUAAGGAACCGGAAAAUACAUGCAUCGAUUUCACGGAGCAUAAUAAGAAAAUCUUCUCUAGAGAACCUUGGCAAAAAACGGAAAUAUUCGACAGAAGCGUUAGAACUUUCAAAGCAACCAUCGGACCCUCCGGGGGCAAACGGGGGUAUGAAGGAAUCACAGGUAAAUCGUCGAUGGGUCUCGCUUGGUACAUCGAAGGCGCAUUGAUACCCGAGUUAUACCUACGUCGAGGCUUGACGUACAGUUUCCGCGUUCACGGCGGGAACAAUCCGCACAGCGCGGAUCUCUAUCAUCCGUUAAUAAUAACCGACGAGCCUCACGGGGGAUACGACACGCUCAGCGAUCUUGCGCAAAGUAAGAUCAGGGUGUUGGCUGGCGUUGAACUGACCAGGAGAGGUCGACCGCGACCGACCGCGGUUGGACCGCUUUGCUUAAGCAAGCACAACGGUCGAGACAGAAGACUGGACGAUAACUUCCCGUCGUUUAAGAAAUUCAACAGGACCCUCGUGCAAGUCUGCGUGCCAGGAGAAGGUGGCACUUUGGUAAUAAGUCCAAACUCGACGUGGCCCGAUCUGGUUUAUUAUCAGUCCUUCACGCACGCAAACAUGGGAUGGAAGAUUCACGUGGUCGAUUCUUACACGAAUAAGAAUAGUGCAAUCGUACAUAAAUUGUCAUUACUUGUUACAAUCGCGGCUGUGCUUCGCGGUUUAUUAUAAGAUUGAAGAUUAAAUAAAUCGCGGAAAAAUAUUUCUAUUAUCAAAUAUUUUUUCUGCAAUUUAUUUAAAUAGUUUACAUAAGAAUGCGCUAAAUUAUUUUUAACAAAUUACUAAUUCUUGCACUUCAACGUGUACAUAUCGAUGAUGCAACACGAGGAGACGCUGAAUCACUGUGCGCGCUGAUUUUAUCGAAGAAUCAAGAAACUAUAAUACAAUAGUUCCUGUAAUAAGCACUGCAUUCCUUGCAGGUCAUUGCAGAAUUGCACGAUUUAAUAACGAGAUAAGUUUUAUAUGCUCUCUCUCUCUCUAUUUCACUAUGAAAUAAACUUUAAUUUAUGUCAAUUUAUAUUUAAAGAAUAUUUAAAGAAACAUUAAUUUAUGUCAUAAAAAUAAAAGGAUAUUAAACUUUCUCAAGUUGUUGCAAUAACUUUUUAUUUCGUAUACUGUUUUAAUUAGUCUAAUUAAUUAGUCUAAUAGGAUAUCGUGAGCAUAUAAAAGACAACAUACAUUACACAUGCAAUGCAUCGUGUUCGUUAUCGAACAAUGAGAAAAUUGAUGUAAGUAUAUCUUUAAUAUUUACGUGUUUAAAUCAAAUGCCAAUUCCGUAAUAAUUCAAAUAAUUUCUCUUUUAAAUCUCCUUGCAAAAAUUUGCAGAUUUUAUCAAGGCAAGCAAGAACGUAUCGUUUACUUCAAUUGUAUGUUUAUAUAAUGCGUUCUCUCAAUUAAUAUUCUCGCUCACAUAAUUAAUACACAAUAAAUUGUAAUGUUUUAACAUCUGUAAACAAAUGUUUCUAAUAAUCUCGAGUGUAAGAUCUAUGUUCGGUAAUGUAGUUAAAAUUUACAGAUUCUUAUGCAAAACGUUGACAAAUCUUGCUUUAUUUCUAUUGACAUCUCAUACGGCAUAUCUGUCUUUACACCUUUACACUCCUAAAUAAAAUGCUGAAAUACUUAAAAA